UGUAAUUAACUUAUAAACAUUUUCUCAUGAAGUACAAAGGCCUACCGACUAAUUUGGCGACUAAAGUAGCACUAUUUACUUGCGGUAGUAUUUUCCGACAGGGUAGCAAAGAUCGACAGACAUUACUAUCAAUUUGCGCUACCGGUAGGGCAUUUCGACAACAUAGGACAAAUCGACUGAACGCCGACUGUUUCCCUCCGUGCCAGUUAACAGAUACACAAGGGUUUCACAAGUGUUCUUGGAAGUCUGGGCGGUUAUUGGUUACUGGUGGUCUGAGAGUAAUUUGUCAUUGUUCUGUACUUGGACAUGCCUCCGUUACCAGGCGCAGAGAUGGUUCACACCCCGGUACAGUUGUACCGGUACUUACUUCGGUGCUGCAAAAAACUACCCACUCCGGUCAUGCAACAGCACUAUCGACAUGCAGUAAGACAGGGAUACAACAGCCAUGCAGAUGAAGACGACCCUCACCGGAUCCGCCAGAUCAUUCAGCGGGCCAUUCAGGACGCCGACUGGAUCCUCGGCAAAUAUAAGCAAGAAUAGAGGAAGUAAGCAAAAGAGGCUUCGGAUGGGAAAGAACAAUGUCAUCGUUCUGCGCUUCUAUUGGUCAGGGAAGACCCGCGAUGGACUGCUGUUAGCUUGUGGCCAAAGUGCUAAUACAUGCAUCAGACAUGCCGGGGAUAAUGGUGCUGGAUGCUUAGAAAUGGAAUGUCCCGGUACUUGGCACUGAGACUGAGGAUUCUGAAACCUCCCAAUGCUGACACGUGCUGUCCAUCACUUGUGGGAACCAAUCAAAACAUUUGCUUGCCAAAAAUAUGCAUCAUAAGCCGUUCAAAUCAUUGCUUCAGUAGUAACUUGGAAUUGCCCCACCUGUCACUGGCAAUACAUAAUAGCAAUACAAAAACAAAUUCUUAUAUUAUGUCGGCUGGUCCACUGUUGACUUUUGCAUUUAAAAAAUCACCUCAGUUCUGAGUUUAGCAGUACUUGAAGGGUGAACUGAUUAAAACAAGCUUGAACAGUAGCCUGUCACUGUAAUCCAUCUAGGAGGUGCACUUAGUAAAGAUCUACUCUGUAAAUUAUUACUUAACAUGUAAAUACAUAUUUAAAAAAUUGUGUAUGUACUUUCUGGUUUACUACAAUAAAUGCUGAAUGUUUGGCAUGA